CCGUCCCUGACUGAGGAUGAGGCGCGGGAGGCGUUGGAGAGCUUUGUGUCGGAUAAUUGCUGUUACGGUUCUGACCCGGUAAAAGAGGGCGUCAUCACAAACAUGGAGCCGUGCAACACCUUCAGGUAUCGUCUGGAGACGUUUACAGAAUACAGGUCCAGUGAGCAGGCCCGCAAGCCUCAUGAAGGUGAAGUGGCUGAUUUCUACACCCAGCCUGCUCCUCAGCCAUGGGAGGUGCAGGCCACGCCCACUAAGUUCUUCACAGACGAGAAGAAGGAGAUUCGUGUUCCCUUCACCUCCACUGUCCAGGACUGCAGCGAGUGCCAAGCCAAAGGAAAGAUUCCCUGCAAAAAAUGUGAUGGAAAAGGAUAUAGGGCGUGCUCGCUGUGUGAUGGCAGCGGGAGGCGUGACGAUGAAGUCUGCUCUCACUGCAGCGCCUCAGGAAAGGACAGGUGUGGAUCCUGCAGUGGAACAGGACAGAAGAAGUGUGAGCUCUGUGAUGGGAAGUGUCGCCUGCUGUCCUACAUCAAGCUAAAAGUGGAGUGGACAAACCAUGUGGACAACCUUGUGGUCCAGGACCAGUCAGGUCUGAAAUCCGAUUGCCUUCAGUCCGUGAGCGGCAAAGAGCUUUUCAAGAACAGUGGAUUCAUGGCCUACCCUCUGCUCGGGUUUCCAAACCCAGCCAUCUCCGACGCCUCUGAGCGUCUGACCAGAGAACACCAGUCCAAGUAUGCCCAGAACUCCAGGAUCUUACAGCAGAGGCAGACUGUUGAACUGAUUCCUGUCACCAAGGUCAACUACAAGUGGAAAGACCACGCCUACUCCUUCAUCGUUUAUGGAAGUGAGCGUAAAGUCCAAGCAGACGAUUAUCCAGAUUCCUGUGUUUGCUGCGUCAUCCUCUAGACACACCAGGGACCCCAUGUCCAGUUCUUUAUACGUUAACCUCCUAAUAACUGAUUAUAGGAAUGUUUACAUCUAUACAAGUGUUCAGGAAUGUUUUAACAAUGUGUGAAGUCCUGGAGCAGAGAGGUGAGCAGAAGGUUCUGAGCAGUUUAAACCCAGCGUGAAUGUUUCUGCCGAAGGCAAAAAUAAACAACUCAUCCUUAAGUAACUGAGUCCGUGCAGGUGAGUUCAGGGCUUCCUGUUCCCGCUAACGUCAGCCACGUCCACACCGGAGCAGGAAACCAAAGCUGCCUUAAAUAGUCCCAAUGUCUUGAACAUAAAACACGCUAAACGUUAGACACAAUAAAUACAUUAAGCCUGUUGAAACAUGUUAGACAUGCAAAUCAACAUGUAAAACAGGCUAAACACAUCAAAGAUGUUAGAGCAUGGAAAACAUGUUUAACAUUCCUAACACAUCACACUUGUAAAAACUCAACAUGUUAAAAAAGUUAAACACAUUUAACAUAAAAAAAUCCCAAGUGAACAGAAAUAUAAUGCUGUAGAUAGAGGGUGUUGAGUGGCUGUGUGUGUCGAGGGAUGGGGGGUCAUUCAUUGGUGUAGGACCAAUGAAUGACUUAGAACAUGUUAAACAUCGUAAGCAUGGUAAGCGCCUUAAACAUGUUAAACACCUUAAACAUGUUAAACAACUUAAACAUGUUAAAUAUCGUAAACAUUGUAAACAUUGGACACACCUUAAACGGUUUAAACACCAUAAACAUCGUAAACAUGUUGAACACCAUAUAAACAUGUUAAACACCUUAAACAUGUUAAACAGCAUAAACAUGUUAAACAUGUUAAACAUUGUAAACAUGUUAAACAUGUUAAACAUGUUAAACACCAUAAACAUCUUAAACAUGUUAAACAUUGUAAACAUGUUAAACACCAUAAACAUGUUAAACAACUUAAACAUGUUAAAUAUUGUAAACAUUGUAAACAUUGGACACUCCUUAAACGGGUUAAACACCAUAAACACCCUAAACAUGUUAAACAUUAUAAACAUGCUAAACAAUAUAAACAUGUUAAACACCAUAAACGAGGCAGAUUAAUGACAAGGCCUUGUUCUUUUAGAAGCAGACAUCCCAUUCAUGCUGAGCCUUUUCUGCUCCAGAGUCUUCUCUGUGUUUUUUUUACUUAGUUGGCUGUGUUAGAAACAUCUUAGUUUUUAAACUACCUUGAUCGCUGAUUUUCAGUCUAAAACUGAUCCAAUGAAACUUCUUUUCCUGUUUUUCUCUCUAAAUGUUGCUGCUUGUAUUUCAGUUGUCCCACAGAGAACUUUAAUCUAGAAAGAGACCUUUAGCUGCAGUAAACUUUUUAUUGUGGAUUAGUUUGAGUUAAACAGUGCUGCCUUCGUAAAAAAAAAACCCUUAAAUGCAGUUUUUAUGUUUUAGAACUGAACUGCCUCAGAAAUGUUUACAGCAUGUCUUCUCAGCAGCAGUUGAACAGAAAGAUCUUUUACUGUGGGAGAACCUUUCUGCUUCUGUGUCUUCAGGGAAGAAUUACACCAUGGAUAAACCUUAUUCACACCGGUGAAAAGAUCAAGCCUUUCUGUGAACAUUGACUCUGUUUUCUGCUGCUACAUGUGUGAAACUGUCAGUGCCACCUACAGGUUGUUCUGCUGCAAGCAGCUUGAAUUUAGUCUUUACUCUGCCACUCUUUCCUGUGUUUCUUUAUGGAACCGUUUCAUGCUAUGGUAAACACAUAUGUCUGUGAUUAAAAAAAAAAAAAACGUUAUCAGGGGACGUUCAGAAAAGGUUAACCUACAUAUUUUGUUUCUUCAUGUCUGGAAGAAGCUGGAAAGUGGAAAUCUUCAGUGACCUCUGUGCUGCCUUAUCUCCAAUGUUGAUGAACUGAAUGCCUUAAUGAUUGUUUGAUUAACAAAUGUUUCCUCUACUAACCUCAGUGAUUUUAUCCUGAACAUUCCUCGAUCAAUAAAUAAAUGUUGGCAGUGUUCUGCAUACUCUUG